AUGGGAGUGUCGUCUGACCCAGGGCGAAAACGAAAAUCGAGAUGCAGACUAUGGGACGGUAACAUACACAAUCUGGAGCCCCUGGGCAAUGGUGUCUCAGGGCUAGUCCUCGCAAUCGAUGAAAAGAGGGUGGUCAAGAUCGAUAUCGGAACUCAAAGGAGUAUUGAGGAUCUCGAAACAGAACGAGAGAUAUAUCGAGGAUUGAACCAGCAACACAACAAACAUGUCUUGAGGUGUUAUGAGGUCGACAAUCCCUCCGGCCUGGUCCUUGAACGAUGCGAUGAUACGAUAAGGAAGCGUCUUCGAUCGAGGUACAGAAAUACACAGCCUCCAGAAGAUAUGGUCAAGAAGUGGGCAUGCGAGGCAGCCCAAGGACUUGCAUAUAUCCACCGUUGUGGAGUCGUUCAAGUUGACGUUGGCUGUCACAACAUGAUGCUCUCAGCCGACGGUACCGUAAAACUGGGAGACUUCGCAGGCUCCUCGCUCGAUGGAUCACCACCGACAGUCGACUAUGAGGUUCGAAGCAAACUCCCUGGGAUCAAUGCACCCAACCAGCUCUCCGAUAUCUUCGCUCUCGGGUCUGGGAUAUGGGAGAUGGCAACUGGUCAGCCUCCAUACUCCGACAAGACUUGGAGAGAAGUCCACGGACUUUAUAAGAGAGCCAAGUUUCCUAGGCUAAAGAGAAUACCGGAACUUGACAGGGUCAUCAGAAAGUGCUGGACUCAAGGAUACAACAGCGCUCAAGAGCUGGUUGACGACUUGGAGGACGUCGCUUACCAAGGCUUCGAGUCGAGCUCGACCCUCGUUGAUUCACAGGAAUACCUGAACCUCGAGCCACAGGAAUUGUCGCCCGAUCGAGAAGCUGCCGCGAAAUAUAAAUACGUUGAACAUGCCAAAACCCCCAGGCAUAAGCCCCGCAAGUACGAUCCCGACCCCGACAAAUGGGAUAAGAAACGUAGUCGUGGGAGGGAAAAGAAGAGGGACGAUAAAGGAGUUGGAUUCCUGCCAAAACUUUUCAGUUGGCGUUCAUAUACAUAUCAUGUCAGGGUAUAA